AAUUUGCGUUUUGAACACAAUUUAAGACUAGCUCAAAUGUCAGUAGCUACUUUGCUGGCUGGGGCCGAGAAUUCUCGCGCUGCUAACUCGUUGACCGGCUCGGCGACGCUGCUCAGACGUCAGCUGAAGCCAGCUGUCACGUAAGGUUUAUGAGUCAGCGUCCGUUUCUAUCAGCUUUGCUUCAAAUCUUCUCGGUCGCCCGCGUCAUCGCCAUCCAACAUUGCUCUGCAACACUACCGGCACACACGUUCGUCCACAGGAGAGGAUUCAACCUCUCGCUCUUGGGAGCGGUUUCAGGAGCUCUUUGGGACGGCUGGCUGACAAGUGACAGGCACUACACCUCCGACAUAGUGCUCAGCAACGACGGCUGGCUGACUGCCACUACACCUCCAACAUUGUGCCCAGCAACGGCGCAACCAUGUAACACAGCCAACAAGCAGGCAGUGGAGGCGCAACCAAGGAUCCGGCAUGGGCAGCAGCUGGUCCAGCACUAGGGGUGGAGGCGGGCAUGAUGGUGCCAAGGACGGAGUUUGGUCGUAGGAAGAUGUGGCGGCUGCGGUGGAGGUGGGCAUCAGGGUUGUCGGAUGCAUUGUACCCAGCAGACACGCAAGUGAUGGCGCUAGAUAUUGUUGCACGUUAGAGUUUGCACGCAUACAUAUUAUGCAGACAGCAUACGGGGUGUUGCAUGAGCGUAUGGACUUGUCAACGAGGAGCAGGUGCGUGGCCGGUGUCGUGAAAGGAUAACUCAGUAUUGCGUGGUGUACAGUGUGGAUCCUAAGUGUGUUAGCAGCUCCCAAGACUUUCCCGUUCAGGUGCUGAACUUUCCCGUAAAAGGGCUUCACUUGCCCGUAAGAACUUUCCCGUAAGGACUUCCCCGUACAAACUCCUACUUUCUUCGAAAAGCAUACGGGGAAGAUUUUUCCGGGGAAGUACCCCCUGUUUUUCCGGGGAUUUCAACCCCCCCUUUUCCUAGAGUGGAGGCGCUGUGCGUGUGAUGAGUGUCCGCUACUAGCAAGGCGCAUGUGUACAGCGACUCUGCCUUGCUCAGAGAAUAGCGGUCAUUGCCCGCCUGCUAGCUCAGAGGCUCGGCUGCGCUGUUCGCGCCCAGCCAUCUCUCGUGUGCCGUGUGUAUGAACACGUGCAGGUGGAUAGAUAGGUACCGGUAGUGCAUGCACGGUAUCGGUAGCAUGCGCGUAGUCCGUGCGUGCGCCGGUCGCAGCAUUGCAGCCGAAGCCUAGCUGCAGCCAGGUACACCCUCUACCUCCUGCACCCACCUGGUGGUAGUGUAGGAGUUGCCGGCGGAAUCCGUGCCCGACCCGAUGAUGUUGCCGGAUGAGUACGACGUGGAGGCCGACACGCCGCACCCAUUGACGGAUGUGUAAUCCAAGGAGUCGCUCCUGUGUGUCAAUCAGUCGAAAUCACAUGAGUCAAUCUACGGCUGCUGAGGCCCCCGGGUAAAGCAAGGUCGCGGGGGCGCUUGAGGGGUGGGGGCAGGGAUCGAAGCCCCGGCCAGGAUGCACGUGUGCGGGCGCCAAGUCACACUCACAAGUCGCAAAAUCAACGUCGCCGCCUGAGUGGUGUAUGAUAUAUAUAGUGUCAACUGUAACAUGUCUGGCUACGGGCGCACGCGUGCGAGAACCGUGCGCGUGUGGAGUUUCACAGAGACCCGCCCAUUACCACAAUCAUCUUACAAUUGGUAAGCUAUCUGCGCCAGCCCACACUAACCUCCAGGACUGGGUGACAGUGAAUGUUGUUUGUGAGCCGGUGCUUGUGUACUCAAUGAGGCCGCCGCGGUAAUGGGAAGCGCCGACGCCAUGUGUCGAUGCCACGGCCAGCAGGACGAGGAAAGCGGCGAUGUCCGCGGACCAAUGUCGCAUCUCUAUAACAGUAUGGUAGUCCGAGUGGCCCAUCAACGCCUACCUCCUAAGGAAACGAACGUGUGCAUGGCAUCGCAGCGCGCCUGGGGCUUCGCAGGAUGCUGCCUAGCAUGUAUGCAUCAAGUAGAUUGGUUCUAAAUGCAGCUUUUGGUACGUGUGUCUAUGACCGUCCGCCCAUCGAUCACGUUCACGUUUCUGAGUUUCUGCUGUCCGCAGCGGUGGUAUUCGUCUAGGCUACAAGGUUAAAAUGAGCAUUGUAUCUGACUCGCCCAGCAAGUUGUCACAGCAUGAUAUUAUACGAGUGACGCAUGAGCACAACCCGGACCUUCGGUGCAGGCGGGGUCAAAGUGCAGUCCUGCGGGCAACGCGGGAAUGAAGAGGCAACUUUAAUCCGUCUAUCAUAUGGGAAGAAAGCAUCGGCGCGUUUGUGUCACGACAUCACACUCGUAGAGUUUGGACGUAGUCCCCGGGGUUUGGGUCCCGGAGGGCUCUUGCCUUGUAGGGUUUUCAGGUGGAGGCGCUUCGGGAUUUUCAUGCGUUGGCAGGGGGCAGGGGCUAAUAAUAACCACGACCGGGCCGGAUGGCUCCGGAUGCAUAUGAGGUUGGUCCGAUCCGUGACCGUGGCAUACACGCCCAGUUGGGCCCUGAUAGCAUGUGAUGGCUCGGCGUCUUCGGGUGCUGGGACUGUCCCCUCUGUAACAUCCGCAUUCA